GCGCUAAAACUCCCACCUCCCGAACAACCCUGCGCGUAAUUUGCUUCUCCGGACGGCAACUUUCGGCCACAGGUCCAGAGCCUUCGGAUUGAAGAGCCUGCCUUUGGCUGCGGCAGCGAGCGAUCAGGCUUUCGACGGUGUUCCUGCUGCAGCUGAAGAUGGAACAGCCGCCCCGUGAGAGCCACCAGGAGAGCGCUCGUUCGCACACCGUGACCACAACCAGCAGCUCCUUCGCGGCUACUUUCACGUCCAGCUCCAGCACGCUCGCUUAUGACAAAGAAUUUCUGAAGACGAUUCCCGGAGUCCUCAUGCUGGUUGAGAUAGUUCUAGGAUUGCUAGUGUGGAUGUUGAUUGCCGGAACAGACUAUUUCCUAUACCCUGUCUUUGGAUGGAUAAUGUUUGUGGCUGUGUUUUACUGGAUUCUUACACUCUUUUUUUUGAUCGUCUAUAUGACAAUGACCUAUACUAGGAUACCUCAAGUGCCAUGGACCACAGUUGGUCUGUAUUUUAAUGGCAGUGCCCUCCUCUUGUAUUUAAUUGCUGCUAUUUCAGAAGCAUGUGCAGUCACCAAAGAACUUGACUACCACAAUUAUAAUAGUUGGGCAGCAUCUUCGUUCUUUGCCUUCGUUGUUGCUUCCUGCUAUGGUGGAAAUACCUACUUUAGUUUUGUAUCUUGGAGAUCACGGACCUUGCAAUAAGUAUUUUCUUCUAAUAAAAGAGAUCUGUGUGUUUGUUUGUAAAUGUUAUAUAAUUUUGAUGAAAAUAUUUAGGUAAUAAUGGUUUUCACUCAAAAGUAAAAACAAAUGGGUUUUUUUUGCAAAUUAUGGAAAGGGUAGUUCACCUGACAGAAAUGGUUCUACACACAGUUCUCUUAAUUAACUUCUUCAUUUGAGUUAAUCAUUGUGACACAGCUCAGUUACCACAAACAAGAAGCAGAAGGAAGAAUUGAUGGUAUAGGAGGGAAGAGAAGAAAGCAUAGAAAGCCGUUCAGUGUUGUUUCCACUCCGGUCACUUCCGUACAAUAUUGUGCCUCUCUGAAAGCUGCUCCAGAUCUCAGGAUUCUUGUCAAUAGUGUUGAAGAGCAUUGUAUAACCAGCGCCACCAUCUGAUGGGAUUGGUUUAAAAUCUGAAAGCUUUUUUAACAUGAAAAACAUGUAUCCUCAGAUAAAACACUGUUAACCAUAACAUGUUACUCUUUGUAUCAAUGCAUAUAAUUUCCUUAGAUAGUGUAUACUGUUGUAACAAAAUCAGUGGACUUCACAAUUGUUUUCUUCAUAAAUGUUCUUGUUUAAUCAUGAUUUAUUUAUUAGCAAAAUCUAUUGUUUUAUAGAACCAUCUAUUAUUUGCAAAUGUAUAUAACUUUCAAGGCUGCAGAUUUAUUACAGUUAGAUAUAGAUGGGAAUAGUUAAUAAUUCAUUGGGGCACAUACAUUUAUGGAAGUAACUGAAUAAAAGAAAUGCAUUACUAUAAUAAUCUUGUAUAAGUCUGUAAAAUGAUCACAUUUAAAAUACUGUGUUCUAUUCUAGUAACUGGACUUCGCUUUAGAUCUGG